GGGCCGGGCCGAACCAUGGCGCUGGGUCGCGGGGGGAAGCAGGAGGAAUUGCUGUCCUGGCGCCGCGCGUGUCUCGGUUCCGUGCACGUCCCGAGGCGGGUUGGCCGGCCGUUGCUCCGCGCUCACGGAGUGGUUGGGGAGAAGAGGCGCCUCAGCGGCCGCGCUCCGCUCCCCUGGAUCUCCACCCCGUACCCGGCGCAGUGGACCGACCGGCGGGGGGCGGGGCCGGGCGGGCUGGCGGGAGAUGCGAAGAGCCAGGUGGUAAGGCGGCAGUUCCGCACGGCCUCCUGCGUGUGUGUGUGUCCGUCUGUCCUUCCAUCCGUCUUUCCAUCCUCAGGGUCCCACGCUAUGUCCUUCCGCCAGAGGAGCCCGCACGGCACGGCCAGGAGCAGCCCGCAGCCGCCCCCUCGCUGGUCCCAGGGAAGGAAGCGCGGCGCCGACGGGAAGCGGAGGAUGCGGAGCGACGGCGAAGCGGCGAUGUGCGGGGACGCCGAGCGCCGGGCCUCGGACGGCAGGGCCGACAGUUUUACAACACCAGAAGGCCCUGGUCCCAUUUCCCGGUGUUUAGACUGGGCAACUGCAGUGGAAGAAGAUGAAAUGAGAACCAGCGUUAACAAAGAAAUUGCAAGAUACAGAAGAAAACUCCUGGUAAAUGAGUUUUCAAGAGAAAGGAAGUCCUCUUCAGGAAGUUCUGAUUCAAAGGAGUCCACUGUAACAGUAGAACUGGAGACGGAUGAGGUGGUUUUGAUGAGAAGACAAAAACAGAUAAACUAUGGAAAAAACACAAUUGCAUACGACAGAUACAUUAAAGAAGUUCCUAGAUGCCAUCGUAUACCAGGAGUUCAUCCCAGAACUCCAAAUAAAUUUAAGAAGUACAGCCGUAGGUCAUGGGACCAACAAAUAAAGCUGUGGAAAGUUGCAUUGCAUUCCUGGGAUCCACCGACUGAAGAAGGAUGUGAUCUGCAAGAAAUUAGUCCUGUUGACCUCGGUGAGAUGGAGACAGAAUCCAUAGGAAGCAAUUCUACAGAAUCUCAAACAAGCUGUCAAGAUAAUUACGAUACCUGUUCUGGCACUCCCACCAAAGUUAGACACAUUGACUAUCAAGCAGAAGGUGAAUUUGACUUGGACGCAUGUUUGAGUGAGCCUCUUAAAGAUUUAAAUACUGUGAGUUAAAUAGUUUUGUGCAGAUUGUUUAGAAGAAGUUUGUUUUAAAUUUGAGAUGUUAGAUUGAUUCAUCAGUUGAGUGUUUUCUACCUGUCAAUAGUGAGAAGUCUUAAGCAAAGUUAAAAACAAAUUUCUUUAAGCUGUGGUUGGUCUGCCUAUUGUCCAGACCAAACUGAUGUUUAAAUUCAACAGUGUGACUUCUUUCUAACUUUUAAUUUAUGUAUAUCAGAUUUUAAAUUUUUUUUUUAAUUAUUGUUAUUUUUUUUUUACAAAACUUUAAAAUAAUAGCUGGAGGCAAUGCUGUCCUCAAGUAAUUAUAAACAGUUGGGCAAGAUCUUGCUAUUUUAUUUUUCCCUGGUUAUCCUGAAUUCCAGUGUUUCACCUGCGGAUCGAGAGCAGAGUACAGAAAUAUUUUCCAUCUUAUGUCAUUUUGCUUUUCCUUCUGUCUCUACUGCAAAGAUCUGCCUGGAUGUAAUGCAGAUGUUAGCAGAAGCACACUGCUGAUCAGUAUAAGGACACUUGUCUGUUGCAGUUACUGCAGUUUUAGCUGCCUUAGCUUUUAAAAGCAAAGAAACAAACAAAAAAAAGCCAACAAACCACAGAUUCUUUUCAUUUACAAAGACAUUUUUGAAACAUCUGGAAAGAAGGUACUUAAUGUCGGAUGUCAAAAUGGAAAAACAUAGGUAGCAGUAAUACUACUUUGAAAAACUAUAACCUGAAUUUGAAACUUGUAAAUAGUAAUGAGCUACUUGUUAAUACAGACAAGAGCAUAAGAUGUCUAGGGAAAAUAACGAAUCCUUUUUAAUUUGCUGUUUUUAAAUGUAAAACUUGUAAAUGGUAACACUGUACAGACUUUCUGCUGAAUGCAGUUGAUGUUUCUACUGCUUUUGUAUGGGAUUUGCUGGAAAAUAAAUUGAUAUACGUUUA